GUCAAUCAACGUUUAGCACUGUAUUCAUACCAAUUGGACAGCGUUCCUCGACCCCUGGAAGAUGUGGUCUUCAGUACCACAAACGAUUGAUAGAGUUGUACAAUGAAAUGGCAAGCAGAACUCGACAAACCAAGCAGUAUAUUACUCUAAACAACACACUCGUGGAUGUGAAUAAUUUCCUUCAAAAGGAAUUUGAAAUGCUGACGAAGAUUGAAGAAAUCCUCCCACAAGCCAAACAGGAGGCCUACCGGGACUCGUUCAUCGACGCUCUGAACACCAUGAAUCAAGCAGUUGAAGGGGUCUAUAAAAAGCUGAUACAAAACGAGAUGAAUGAGGAAAGGCGAGAAUUCAACCGAUUAGUGGAACUGAUGAAAGUGGAGUGUGAACGUAAUCAGAAGUUGAGAAGGAUGUAUGCACAGUUGGAAAGGGAAGAAGCUGCUAAGCAAAGGGCAGAAGCUGCUCAGCAAAUCGCACCCCAGUCAUGA